CUCAUUCUCUCACACUAGUAGUCAAAUACUCUCUGAGAGGACACAGAGCAGUCAGAAAAAGUCUCAAUCGUCGUCAUAGUCUUGAUUUCAAUUAUUCGGGUCAGAUUCGGGGCUCCACAACACAAACCGGUUUAUGACUUCACCCACUUCACUGACACAGUAUUAACAUUCAGAUAGAUAAAUAGAGUUAGCUCGUUACGAAUCAUUGAUGACGAUGAUGAUGAUGAUGAUGGAAGAAGACGAAGAAACCGAAAUACCACACGUUUUCAUAGCUCAUGAAAUUGAUCUUGAAUACGAAUUCGACGCAGCACGUUUCUUUGAUUUCACUAAACCUGAAUCUUCUUCCGAAGCUCUUCAAGCUGAACUCUGGUUUCAAAAUGCUCCUACUUACCCUCCUUCUCCUUUUGUGACGAAGUUAGCGGUGAGAGAGGAUUUUGACUACGACGAUGUUGAAUGUACGGAAAAUGUGGAUGAUAAUGAUAAACAACAUGGUCCUACUGUUUCUACUGAGAUGGAAAUUUCCGACACUGUUAAUGGACAUACACGUGGCAGCAAAGCAACUGGUAACAGUUUGAAUUCUAAUUUUAAACCUGCUGUGCCAAAGAGUUCAUCAUUAAUGAAACCUACAGCUACUCAACGGGCUAGGCAAAUUCGUCCAGCUAAAAAUGUUGGUUCUAGAUAUCGGAAGCCACUAACUCAGAAUGAAAUGAAUUUAUCUACAUCCUCUGGAGUAGAAAGCCAAGCUGCAAAACGGCAAAAACUAGAGGAUGGUCAUUUGCGCAAGGUUACUGAUGCGAAGCAGCAAACUAAUUUUGUGCACAAGAAACCUAUGAGGGCUGUAAAUGUUGAGCAAAACUAUGCUUGUUCCAAGCUGAAGCUUACUAUUCCCAGAGAGCCUGACCUAAAAACAGCACACAGAGCACAAAGGAUAAGACCCAAAAUUGUUGGAGAAGCAGAGCACAUGACGGUGGCUGCCCCCAGGUUCAAAGCUCGUCCAUUAAAUAGGAGGAUUCUCGAUGCUCCUUCCUUGCCGCUUCCCAAAAGGAGCACUCCACGCUUGCCAGAAUUUCGAGAAUUUCACUUGAAGACUUUGGAGAGGGCCAUACAACACACAUCUGCUACCUCAGCUUCACAUCACUGCAAUGAUUCUGAUAAGGGUUGGGACCAGCAUACUUCUGUUGAACAUAAAAUCAAGGAUGCCAGAAGGCCUACUGCCAUGGGUGCCCCAAAGCAUGAUGGAUUGGGUUUUAAUCAUAUUUUUAAAGCUCAACCUCUUAAUAAGAAGAUACUAUCUAAUAAAGAGCAUGCUGGUGUUUUACAUACCAACAAGGAAACAGCAGAUCAAAUGGAAUUUAAUUCACACGCUGAAAAGGGGAUUCAGCAUAACCUUCCUAUUGAACUAUUUAGCAAGUUGUCUCUGACAUCUGAAGGCCAGCCAAAUAAUGGAUCUCAUUUCAAACUGCCUCAACAAUCCAGGAUGUGCAGAAAGGGCAAGGAUUCAAAAGAAAAUAUAUUAAAUUCUUUUCGUCCAGAUCAAGAGGAGAAGACUUUUACUUUUGGGACAAAGCAAAUUCAUCAUGGGAAUGGUGGUUGCCACAGUCUGUUAAGUGCAAGGAGGAGCUUGGGAAUUCGGUGACAGUGAGAGGGUAAUGUGCAACCAGCUUUGGUAUGGGCAUCUGACUUGAAGUUUUGCUGCUGAUGUAUGUGUAGAUUGACGGUACAUAGUUGAACCUGACAGAUGGCUAACUGUUUUCUGAUGAGAGAUGGUUCUUACUGUAAAAAGAAUCUUAGAAAGUUUUAGAAAUUAACAUGUCAAGGUGCAUAGCUUGUAUUUGACUGAUACUGAUCAUAGCUUCACAAUGAUUAAAUCAAUUGAAAAAGUAAAUCAUUAAAGGCAAGAGUUGCAUUGUUUUUAA